AUGGACGAAUCCCAGCGCGGGAUCGAAGGUCCCUUGCUCCAAGGCAUCGUGCUGGUAAAUGUUGCAGAAAUGCUUCCUCCAAGAUGCGCUAUGCAGCUGUCGCACUGGAGCCGCUCUGCUCGUCUGGCAGUCGCCUCAGCCGGGCAGCAUCUGGAUCUCGGCAGCGGUUGUGUCAGCGGAAAGAAGACCUGCAUCACCUGGCGCGAGCGCCUCCUCGAGAUGGAGAUGCAGAGCCAGCUGUUGACGAAGCUUCUGUCGGGUGGCAGCUUAACGAAGAAUGAGUGCAAGAGAGUUUGCACUGCCGCUGCGAGGCAUCUUCGGCGAGAGGAGAACAUCGUGGCACUUACAGCUCCGGUGGUGGUGGUAGGCUCCCUCCGGGGCGAACUGCAGGACCUCUUGACCAUCUUCAGGAUCUCUGGCCCUGUGCCUGAAACGAGCUAUCUCUUCCUGGGCGACUACACAGUCUCAGGCCCAGAUCCGUGCGGCACACUGGUUCUGCUGCUGCUCCUAAAGGCACGCUUCCCUUCCCGGGUAACGCUGCUGCGUGGUCGGCACGAGCAGCGCCAGAUGACGCAGGAAGGGGCCUGA